UACACAGCCGGGAAGUAGAGCGCAAAGCCACAGCACAGAGAAGAUGGCUCUGUCCCAGAGCGACCGUGCGCUGGUUCUCGCGCUAUGGAAGAAGAUGAGCAGCAACGUUGGAAUCUACGCGACCGAGGCCUUGGAGAGGACCUUCGUGGCUUUCCCCUCCACCAAAACCUACUUCCCGCACAUGGACCUGAGUCCCGGCUCUAGCCAGGUUAAAGCCCAUGGCCAAAAGGUGGCCGAUGCGCUGACUCUCGCUGCCCACCACCUGGACGACCUGCCUGGUUCUCUGUCAGCUCUCAGCGAUCUGCAUGCUCACAAGCUCCGUGUGGAACCCGCUAACUUUCAGUUCUUCAACCACUGUCUGCUGGUGACUCUUGCCCGGCAUUAUCCUGGAGACUUCAGCCCAAAGAUGCACGCCUCUCUGGACAAGUUUCUGGGCCUUGUGACUUCGGUGCUGGUCUCCAAAUAUCGCUGAGGAUGUAUCCUAGUAUCCCAAAGCAAGGUUCCGAGAGGCGGGAAUUGCGGCUGAGCUGGAGUCACAGAACUCCUAUGAGAGGUCCUUGUAUUUUGUUUUGGUUUAGUUUUUUGUUUUGAGAUGGGUUUCUUCGUCUUAUGUAACCCAGGCUGGGCUCUCAAAUCCAUAAUAUAGACUACGUUGGUCUUGAACUUACUAGGCCUUCUGUUUCCACCCCCAUCUCCAACCCACCUCCCAUCCCCCACGCCCACCUACCAGUACAUGGAUUACAAGGCUUACAUGGCUCACACCUGGCUCCACAGAGACGCUUUUUAUUUUAAUUCAACCCUUUGCUUUCUAUGCUGGAGGUGAGAAGGGAGGCCUCCUGCAUGCCAAAGUUCUCUGAGCUGUAGAAAGUGUAGCUGGCAGGGCAAGUCUGGGCAGGGAGUGAAUAAAUUUAGUAUUUAGAUUAGAACAGGAAGAAAGGUUCUGUAGAAUACAAUGCAAAGGGCAAAGAGCUGGGUGGUAACGAGAGUACCACCUGCAGCUGGAGGACCUGUCCUAGGACCUCCACAUGUCCCCAGACACCAGAGGAGCCUCAGGCCAUCUCCACUAUGGACGUCUAGGGCACAGAGUUACAAAUCCAUGCCUUUAGCCUUGGCCACAUCCGUUGCUGUGGAAUGGUAGCUUUUGUCUCUCAGAAGGGUGACAGGUACAAAGGUCACAGGUCAGCAUAAGUGACAAUGCUCAAAACAACCUCUUCCCAGCCGUCACCCUCCCUUCCCGUGUUUCUCCAGACUCUGCUCAGAGCCUGGUCCAAUUGCAAGGCAGUCACCUGCCUGGAGCCAUGCAUGGGGUGCACAGCUGAAUGAGGAUGCCAGUGGGUGUCCAGGACACACUGGGUACUGUCCCAGAGAAAUUCACAGUCAUUGAACUUCUACCUGCCCAGACCAGCCAUGCCCACGGUAUGUGAGUAUGUAUUCUGGGGAUUUCAAGCAUCAGUGAGGCUGUGCCUAAUGCAGUCUAUGCAAGACUCAAUUUCUUUAAUGAGGUGAUUCCAGCACUAAAGCCUGUCAUGUAGAAAAGUGACAGGGGAUUGCCAACCCUGCCUUCACUGGUCUUAAGAGAGGGGGACAGUCAAUUCUUCGGGCUACCUAAGAUCAAUCAUGUUUAUGGCAGGAACCUGAUUUUAACCUACCACCCAUUGGCUACAUCUUAGGCUAAGGAACGUGUCUGAACAUCCGUUAGACAGUCUUGCAGUUCUUCUCUGACAUAAGGCAAACUGUGUGCUGUAUGAACAAAUAGAAGAAACUGUGAAUUCAUCUCCCAAGGCACAUGCACGACCCAUACUUUCUAUGACAUGGGGUAAACACUGGCAGAGUGGGACUACAUAGAGAAAAACCCACCAGAGACGUGUUGUGGUUAGUCACACAUGGGGCCGACUGGGCUAGGUGCACUCAGGUGGCUGAUAAAGCCUUGUUUCUAGAGUGGCUGGGAAGGUCCAAAAAAUGAGCUAGCAUCCAGAGAGACACUUCCUCUGCACAAUACUGGAGAUCGCCCAUCCUCCAGGGGCCUGGAAGGAAGAAAAGGGUCUUCUUUUCCUAACCUGGACAUCCAUGUCCUUGUGUCAUGGCCUCUGGGCUCGCUGACUAGGGAGCAGUAUGAAGAUCAUUGGCCCCCCUGGAUCAUGGUCCUUUAGGUUCACAUGGGACUGACUGACACUGGCACAAGGUUCCUGGCCUCCCAGGUUGCAUGUGGCAAAUCCUAGGACUUUCCAUGCUGUAAAGAAACAGGAGGACUGACCUAUACCAGCUAAACCUACAGCCACAGACCAAACAGAACAAUAGUUUGUGGUGGCACUAACUUGGAUCCCAGCUCUUUCUGUAUCUGAGGCAAGGGAAUCUUAGGUUCAAAGACUGUCUGAGAUGUAUAAUAACACACUCACCUUCAACAACAACAACACCGGGCAGUGGUGUUGUAUGCCUUUAAUCCCAGCACUCAGGAGGCAGAGCCAGGUGGAUCUCUGUGAGUUCUAGGCCAGCCUGGUCUACAGGGCGAGAUCCAAGACAGGCACCAAAACUAUAAAGAGAAACCCCUCUCUUGAAAACGACGACGACGACGACGACGACGACGACAAACAAACACAUUCAAAACCAAAAGGCAGGACUAGAGAUAGAGCUCGGGAAUAGGUCCCCUGUAUUACAUAGGCAAAGGUUUGAUCUUCAUUAGCACAAAAUAACAAACAAACAUAAAGAAAAUUAAAAAUUAAAAUAGACUAUUGGCUGUACAUUUAGCUCAUCUCUUUGUUGGCAGAUGUUUCUUUCCUGCAUGCCAGUUCCCAAAUAACCUACACAGAGACUUAAUAUAAAUUGUAAAUGCUGGGGCAAUAGCUCAGGCUUGUUUUUAGCUGUCUCUUACAUUUAAAUUAACCCACAUUUCUUAUCUAUGCUGUGCCACAUGCCUUGGUACCUUUUCUCAGCAUGGCAUCUGCUGGUGACUCCUCCAACUUCGCCCUUCUUCCUAGCAUUCUGUUUGGCUCUCCCGCCUAACUUUAUCUUGUUCAGCUAUUAGCCAGUCAGCUUCUUUAUUAAACCAAUCACAGUGACAUAUUUCACACAGAGUAAGGGAAUGUUUUGCUGUGGGAUGUCUUUCUGUAUGCUGUGAAUAUAUGCUGUUCCCAUUGGUUAGUAAUAAAGCUGUACUGGUCUGUGGCAGGGGAGGGUGGAGCCAGGCAGGAAUAUCCAAGAGAGAUAAUGAGAGGAGAAAGCAAAGCGGAAGGAGACACCGAACUGCCUUCCAAGGAGCGACAUGUAAUGGGACACAGGUAAAG